CCACAACUUUAGACUUUAAAUGUAGUCUUGUGUUGCUUUGAAGGAGAGAGAGCAUCAAUGAGGAGCAGAGACUACUGUUCUCCAGUAAUGUAAAAGCUGUCACACGUACAGUAAAGUAAUAUUUUUACAUUUCUUGCCGUUUGAACAUUUACUGUCAGUAGGUUCAUUUUGGGUAAAAAUCUUUACUAAAUUAUGUUUUUUUCUUAAAUUUAAUACAGUUCUAAUAUUUGUAAAAGAAAAAUAUUCUCUGAGUCACUUUGUAACAUUGACGCUAAACACCAACCUGCUGUUUAUAAGAAACACUUAACAUAAAAUAUCUCUCACAGUUACUGACAAGUUUAAGUAUCUUUCAGAGCUGAGAGUGAAGAUGAGUCCUUCUGCAGUGGUGACAGAGGGUCAGAGAGUCACACUGACCUGCAGUACCAGCUGUCCUCUGACUGACAACACAAACUACAUUUGGUACUUGAACAGUCGACCUCUGACCCCGAGAGAGAACCAGAACAAACAUCUGAUCUUAGACCCAGUCAGCAGGGAGGAUGCAGGAAGCUACUCCUGUGCUGUGAAAAGCAACAAAGAUAUCAGCUCUGCUCCAAAGACUCUCACUGUCCAAAGUAUCACAGGAACAUGGACACCAUCAGCUGCAGGAGUUUCUGCAGCUCUGCUGGUUUUAAUACUUCUCUCUGUCUGCUGGUGUGUUAGAAGAAAGAGGAAUUCUCACCAACCUUCAAGAAAUGAAAAUUUGGAUGAUUUGGAGUAUGACGACAUCGCAGCUCAUCAAGGAGAGCAGGACCUGAACUACCAAAGACUCCACGUCUACAAGAAUGAAACAGAUUCUCUCUACUCCACGAUUCCUCCAUCUCAGCCCCGAGAACAACAUCAUAUCCACUACACUCCUGAAUCAAAGAGGACUUCCAGACAGUCUCCAAGAAGAACAUCAGACAACAAAGAGCAGAUGAAUCCUGCAAGUAUCUCAGCUCAGUCAGCAGAGCAGGAUGAUCAGCACUACAGGAGACUGCACUUCAGUGAGAACCACACAGCUGAUCUCUACUCCACCAUGGAGACACUGCCUGCUCACUAAAGAAGAGUUUGUUACCAUGGUGAUUUAAAGGAACAUUUUGCGGAGAGUUUGUGUCUGAAAUAACUUCAGUGUCACAGCAGAGACACCACAGCUGGUGUGUCUGUCAGUGGGUUUCACACUUUGUACUAAAACAGACGACACAGGAAAGUAAUUAACAGAAAUAUAGAAAUACUUCAGCUUCACUUUAAAGAGGUCUAAUGAAAAUAGGAGACAUGCUAGUGAUAUUACUCUGUGAGCUUUGGUUUGUUUUACUUUCUGGGUGCUCUGCAGCUUUGACUGUAAAAUUAUUAACUCUGUUUCUGAAAGAACAUAAAACAUCAAAGUCAUCACGUCUGCAGGUUUAACUUCUGUCAAGUGUUGGGUUUUUUUUCUAAACCACAAAAUAACAACUAAACCACACGUCUCUGUUCUCACUAUUACACUGACAGGUAUUGAUGAAAAUAUAAUAACGUUUACAUACAUUACAUUUAAUAAUUUCCUAUGUGUACUUUGUAAAAACUAAACAACAAAAAGAAAAAAUGCAGCAAAGAAGAAAACAAAUUCUAAGGAACAUUCAAUAUGAUGUCAGUGCAUCGAUUCUCCGCUAGAGGGCUCUGCUUUGUGGGAAAGACAUAUGAGGAAGUGUUGCUUUUAAUGCUGAAUGCAGUCUGUCUGCAGACACACUCACACGAGUCACAUCUUUUUAACCAACAAUACAAAGCAUUCCUCUGAAAAUGACAUAAGGGCUGAACUAACAACAAGUAAUAGAAGCAUAACAGAAUUUUCAUGCUGGUGAGUAUUUUUUUAGGUAUCAUUUGCCUAAAAUAAAUACCAGAGUCUUUAUAGCCAGUCUUCAAACUCACCAGCCUUUUUGAACUACCUGUGGGAUUUUCUAAAUGUUAACUUUAUUUAUAACACACAUCUGUGCUCCACAAUAAACUUUUUUGAACUAUUUUCUUACGUCUGCCACCGUUCUGUUGUGGAAUUCUUCCAAACACGUUAAUUCAACAUUCUUUCUCUUUACGUCUAAAAUGCUAACUUGUUAGCAUAAUGUUGCAAACUAGCUCUGAACUGGUAUUGAUACUGUAAUGAAAAUAUUAUUUUUGGUUGCAUUUUUUUCUAAUCAAUUAGUGUCAUAAUUAAAUUGCUGGAUAAAUUGGCUGGGUGAGUUAACUUUGAUUCCGCCCCAAAAUAGAUACAUAAACAAAUGCCCUCGAUCCCCAAUGAGCUCAAAUAAUGUUGUAAAGCAGAGUGGACCAAUAUUCCUUCACAUCAAUGUGAAAGACUGUUAAAGUAAAAACAAAAAUAAGUUAUUAAAGUAAAAAAAUGUGUCGGUCAGAUUGGUAACAAGUCCGGACUGUUCCCUGCCUCUUUCACUAUGUUAUGGAUAGGCUCCAGCCCCCAGCAGAAGGGGAUGGAUGGAAGUGAAAGAAUAAAGUCUGGCUCUCAAGACUACCAUGACCUGAAUGACUGAGAUCCUACACAGACAACAUUUUAACCCACUGCUGUUUAAUGUUUCAUGACGUAUUUAUAAAUUUGGACCAAGAAAGGAACAGGACCAGUUUGUGAAUUAAAAAGUCACAAAACCUGAAAAGGCAGAUUUUUGAGAACCAGUUCAAAUGUGUUUCAUGUUCAGCAGAAAAUACUUUUAUUUCAUUGUGCUUGUUUGUUGAUCUGCAAAGACAAAGAAAAAAAAAACCUCAAAUAUGUUAAAGGAUGAAAUUUAUUGUUUCACUUUUAAUGCAAAAUGUUUGUUACAUGUUCAUGAAUAUGAAG